CGCGGAGUAGUUCGCAGCCAUUGGAUCUCGUCACCGUCUGACGAAAGCCAACCAGAUUCUAUAUCGUCACACGGCGGUCGCCUCGCCUGAUAUUUCCGAUUUUGCAGCUUGCCUCUCCCUUCUUUGCCUUUGCCGAGGGAGAGAGUAAGUUCGGUGAAACCAUGGCCGACAAUCAUGCCGAUGACUUGGACCAACUUCUCGAUAGUGCUUUGGAUGAUUUCCAGAACUUGAAUGUCAGUUCUAGCCUUCAAAGUUCUGGAGCGGGAGCUGAGAACAAACAGGAUUAUACUCCUUCUCUGCCUUCCGGAGUUCAAGGACUAGGCAUGGGGUUACCUGAUUUGAGAAGUAAGAAGAAGGGGAAACAAAAGGUGUCCAAGGAUGCCCAUGUGUCGGAGGCGCUUGACAAACUCAAACAGCAAACAGUUGAGGCUGUUAAGGGCCUUGAAUUUGUGUCUGGAUCGAAACCUGGUGGGGAUGAUUUGAGUCAGGAUGCAAUUGUGGACGAUUGGUUGAAGCAGUUUGAGGACCUUGCUGGGUCACGGGACAUGGAUUCUAUUGUGGAGACCAUGAUGCAACAACUUCUGUCUAAGGAAAUUCUUCAUGAACCAAUGAAAGAGAUAGGUGAAAGAUAUCCAAAGUGGCUGGAAGAGCAUAAAAGUAGCCUAAGCAAAGAAGAAUUUGAACGUUAUUCAAAACAGUAUGAGAUGAUACAGAAUCUUAAUGAAGUCUAUGAGAAAGAGCCUGGAAACUUCAACAAGAUUUUUGAGCUCAUGCAGAAAAUGCAAGAAUGUGGACAACCGCCUAAUGACAUUGUUCAAGAGCUUGCUCCUGAUUUUGAUUUGAACAGUCUUGGCCAGCUGUCACCUGAAAUGCUUGAAUCCCAGCCAAACUGUUCUAUAAUGUGAAGCUCUGUGGUUUCUGGGAUCACGUUCUGGUUUAUUAUUUAUAGAUUAUUAGGAAUAUCGUUUAUCACUUUUUGAAAAAAAUUGGUAUGUUGUGCAACAAUUAUUGUUUUUCUACCAGUUCUCAAAGUUACGAGGAAAUCACACUGUAGCCUCUUGUCAGUUGUCAUUUUAUAGGAUCUAAAAAAGGGACAGUUUCAGGGCGCUUGUAUAGAAUCAUUUUCCAGCAAAUCUGCAAAUAAUGGUCUCGAUUUUUUGAAGUCAUGUCCUGUUCAUUUA